AAUUCACAGUUUGCAACAAGCAUGGCAGAAACAGACACACAAAACAUGUCAAUAGCUCUCUACAGAUAUAUGUGUCAGGAAAUUAUUGGAACUGAGGAACAGGUUAAAACUAUUAGAAUGCUGAACAAUAUAAGAGACUAUUUGAACAGCAGCAAUAAUUUAAUAACAAUCACCAGUGGAAGUUUUGGAGAUGGACUUGAGAUGCGAGGAAGUGAUUUAGAUAUAAUGCUUGUUCCUAAAUUUAUUGAGGUCUCUGAAGAGGUAAACAUUCAUUUCAUUACUGAUACAAUAUAUUUUACAAUGGCAUCAGAAGAUACACCUCCAGGUUUCACUAAGUUACGUCUCUUACACAGUAAUGAUCAGAGUAUCCUUGAAGACUGUGAUGAGUUUGGACAUGAUUAUUACUUUUCUAACGCUUCAGUUAAACGAAGAAAUUUAACAGACAUUUUCUCAUGUGUUCAUGGUCCUUGUGUAUCAGAUAAAGAGGGAAUCUUCGACUUUGCAUUUUGUGUACGUAGUAAAGCAUGGAUUACACAAGCAAACCAAUGGAUAACACGAUCAAAUAACGGAUGGCCAGAUUACAAUGUCAAACAGUCUAUUGUUAAACAUGGCGUACUUUUUGUUCCAGUCGGUGUGAAAGGAUCUAAAAAUGAAGAAUUAGAAUGGCGAAUAUCGUUUUCCGUUGGAGAAAAGUUUUUAAUUUAUACACUUACGCAUACUCAGCUUUUGUGUUAUGCUCUUAUGAAAAUUAUUCUGAAGGACGUGAUAAAUAUUGACCGCCAUUGUAAAUACUUGCUUUGUUCGUAUUUUAUGAAAACCGUUAUAUUUUGGAUAUCUGAAGAAUUCUCUACAUCAAUAUGGAAACCUGAAAACCUCAUAUCGUGUUUCAUGAGAUGCUUUAGAAGGUUUAUAUAUUUUGUUGAAUACUCAAUGUGUCCACAUUAUUUUAUUCCAAAGAUUAAUUUAUUUGAUAAUAAGAUAAAAGGACAAUCACAGCAAAUACUUCUAAAUAAGUUGCAUAUUCUAAACAGUUGUAGUUGGCAAUGUGUCGAAUUUGAAUACAUCAACAUGUAUAAUUAGCAAGGAGCCUCGUCAUUCAAUCGUUCGCAGUGUUGAAGCGCUCUUAUGUUCAAUAAUUUAUUUUGCAGACAAUUUGUCGUUGCAUAUGAACUUGAAUUUAGAAAAGGGAAUACACCAGGUAUUGUCUAUAAAGAGUUCCAAGAUUAAAUCUCUAUACACGUACUAUAUUUCAAAAUUGUGUUGCAAAGGUGGCCAAUUACAACCAUUUAAUGACAUAUCUUCUAAUAAAUCUAAAUACAAACGUUACAAUACUGCUUUAAGUACUCUGUUGUUGGGUACAAGUCAUGACCCUGUAUCUGGAUGGCUGCUGAUUGCUUCGUUUUUCUACAAAACAAAAGAAUACAAAACAACUGCUUUACCAUUGUCUUUUAAAAUGUACACCUGAGAAGCUUUACAGAGGUAUGAAUUUGUCGCAUAUUCAAAAGGAUUUAUUUAAUCUGCCUUUAUUUAGUGGGCUAACUAGUGUUGAGUUGUCUAAGCUGCUGCUGAUAGUCUUUGUGAUGUUCCCGUUUAACUCGGUGAUAGUACCGGGAGAACUACGAAUCGAAGAAGAGGUCAAGAGACUUUUAAUACCCCCUGUUGUAUAUUCUCAUUUCCUACGUUUCCUUUGUCAUUAUCAUUUAUUUAAUAUCAGACAAUGUCGGGAUUCUCUACGCGACCUCCGGUUGACUAUAGAGAAAAAACAUUGCAUAGCAAAUUGCUACCAGGGAGCUAUAUCUUACAACAUACUAGGCAUAACUUUUCAAUUAUUAGGUGACACAGAAUCAGCGAGACAGGCAUUUAUGCAAUCAUUAGAAAUAGAACCGGAUCCAAAUAAAAAUGAUGCGUCAAGAAGAUUAGAAUUGAUUAGUAAAACAACAUCAUGAUUAUGUAUGAUAAGUUUCAUUUCUGUAUUAUCAGUGACUGUAAUAUUAUUACAUACUUGAAUUGUUUGUGUACCUUUAUAUUUAUUAUUGUUAACAUUGUGAUUAUUAUUUGAUGUGUCUUUAAAGAGAAAGGUUCUUGAAAAAAGAAUUGACCCCCCCCCCCCCUCCCCCCUCUUCCGCCCUCGAACCUCUGUUCAGACCUUCAUUCUAAGUAAAGAAAAGACACAAUUGUAAAUCGAGUUAAAAUGUCUUAUAGUGUAAAAAAAGUAUUAUGAGUGUUGCCUUUUGCAAUCUGUCCCAUGUGAUCUCAAGCAGAUGUACUAAGUCUUAACAGCAAACGCAAUGGUAAGCCACUAUGAAAGAUUAAGUUACACACUGCAUUCUAUGGAGAACUCUUGUAAAGUCCAAACAAUUUUUUAACAUCAGAAUUGGAAAGGGAGGUUUCCACACUACGAGUUGUAUUAUUUCAAAACUACAUCAUAUCCAUUUAAGAUAACAUUGGGUUUCUAAAUUUAAGUAGUUAUUGAAGAAGUAAAGUUUUCAUGUACUAUAAAAUUGUUUAGGCUAUGAUUCCAACUUUGAUACAAACAUAACUAAAUCAACAAAUACACACACAAAUAUUGCAGUUAGUUUUAAAUACAAUAUAGGAAUGCUUAUUUGUUUUAGUGUACCUGUGCAUAUAUAUUUUCUGCAUUUGCUUUCUGUUUUCUUUGUGUCUGUUAUUUUUUAUUCAGGUUGCAACUUUAGAAACUCUAAAACUGUUUUUUUUUUUGUUUUUUUUCUGGCAUUUCCAGGAAUUGUUUGUCUUUGAAUGUGCAGACAACUUAUGUCACGUGAAUUUCACAUGAAUCUAAAGUGAAAAAUGUCACGGGAAUUUAACCUGACUGAUUCCCUAUAUAACAAGUAGUAAUAAGGUUAAAAAUGUUUGUAAAGUAAAUUAUUACCUCCCUACCUACAAUGUACCCUUUUUCAGCACUUAGCGUUGGGGGAAACACAUUUUUAUUACUGAGUAAUUUUGGCCUGUCUCACCAGUUGGAGAUUAGUUCUGUGGGUAGAGCUUUGUCAAGUCUAACAUUCAUAACAUACAUGUUUUUUAUAAACACAUUCUGUGCCAAACUAUUUGAGGGCUUGUCUGACCGAGAAAAAAUAUUUGACGUUUUAACUUCAUGUAUUGUAUAUUUUUAACAUAUAAAAUGUAAUUAUGUAUAUAAUAAAGGAGAUAUUAGCUCUA